AUGAGUGGAGAUCAGCCGGAGAGCAGCCAGCGAACAGCCAGAGAGCAGCCAGAGAGCAGCCGGAGAGCAGCCGGAGAGAAGCCAGAGAGCAGCCAGAGAGAAGCCAGAGAGCAGCCAGAGAGAAGCCAGAGAGCAGCCAGAGAGCAGCCAGAAAGAAGCCAGAGAGCAGCCAGAGAGCAGCCAGAAAGAAGCCAGAGAGCAGCCAGAGAGCAGCCAGAGAGCAGCCAGAGAGCAGCCAGAAAGAAGCCAGAGAGCAGCCAGAGAGCAGCCAGAGAGCAGCCAGAGAGCAGCCAGAGAGCAGCCAGAAAGAAGCCAGAGAGCAGCCAGAGAGCAGCCAGAGAGCAGCCAGAGAGCAGCCAGAAAGAAGCCAGAGAGCAGCCAGAAAGAAGCCAGAGAGCAGCCAGAGAGCAGCCAGAAAGAAGCCAGAGAGCAGCCGGAAAGCAGCCGGAGAGCAGCCGGAGAGCAGCCGGAGAGCUGCUGGAGAGCAGCCGGAGAGCAGCCGGAGAGCAGCCGGAGGGCUGCCGGAGAGCAGCCGGAGAGCAGCCGGAAAGCAGCCGGAGAGCAGCCAGAGAGCAGCCAGAGAGCAGCCAGAGCCACUGGUAG